AUGUGCCCGGUGGCGCCGCGCGCGCCCGACGCGGGAACAGAUCCCAGGCGCUCAGUCGCACAAUUACAGCAAGCUGAGCGAGCCUCGAGUGGAGCUCAACAGGCAGUAAAUCAGGGCGCCGGCCGCGCGCCGCCAGCCGCAGUCACCGCGCUACGCAGUCGCGGGCCCGCGAGGGAUCGCUCUGUUUGCACAACCCGAUACCGAAUGUACCUAAUUGAGCCGGCAGGCGACACGGCUGACACACGCGACACGGCUGACACACGCGACACGGGUGACAUACGCGACACGGGUGACACAAGCGACACGACUGACACACGCGACACGGGUGACACACGCGACACGGGUGACAUACGCGACACGGGUGACACAAGCGACACGGCUGACACACGCGGCACGGCUGACACACGCGACAUGGCUGACACACGCGACACGGCUGACACACGCGGCACGGCUGACACACGCGACACGUGUGACAUACGCGACACGGGUGACACAAGCGACACGGCUGACACACGCGACACGGGUGACAUACGCGACACGAGUGACACAAGCGACACGGCUGACACACGCGACACGGCUACUGGCAUCCCCGACACGGCUGACACCCGAGACACGGCUGACACUCGCGACAUGGCUACUGGCAUCCCCGACACGGCUGCUGAAACACGCGACACGGCUGCUGACACACGCGACACGGCUGACACACGCGACACGGCUGACACACGCGACACGGCUGACACACGAGACACGGCUGACACACGCGACACGGCUGACACACGCGACACGGCUGACACACGCGACACGGCUGACACACGCGACACGGCUGACACACGCGACACGGCUGACACACGCGACACGGCUGACACACGCGACACGGCUGACACACGCGACACGGCUGACACACGCGACACGGCUGACACACGCGACACGGCUGACACACGAGACACGGCUGACACACGCGACACGGCUGACACACGCGACACGGCUGACACACGAGACACGGCUGACACACGCGGCAUGGCUGACACACGCGACACGGCUGACACACGAGACACGGCUGACACACGCGACACGGCUGACACACGCGACACGGCUGACACACGCGACACGGCUGACACACGAGACACGGCUGACACACGCGACACGGCUGACACACGCGACACGGCUGACACACGCGACACGGCUGACACACGCGACACGGCUGACACACAUGACACCGGUGGCCCAAUCUCAUUUUCAUAA